CAAAAAAUAAAGAAAAUUGGACCGGGGCGACGUCAGCUUGAAAGCACGGACAACAACCAUCUCAUCCCCUAUGCCUACGGGGACCUACAGCCUACCUCAUGACCUACUCCAUGGCAAAUAUUGUUUUCUUUGUUUCAUAGUUUAUUAACCUCAUAUGUCCUUCUUUAGAUUUGUUUCUUAUCUCCUGUCUAUCUUCUGCAUCAUAAUAUUUUUCUUCUGUCUCGUUUAACACAUAGAUUCUCCAUAAGCCGGGCACAUAUCAGAAACUCAUCGACAUGCUCCAGUCCUCACUUCUCUCCGUCGUGGCCGGAGUUCUCGCUGCUACGUCCACCGUCUACGCUCUCCCACAAUCAAAUUCAGGGUCAGGGUCUGGUUCUUCAACAGCAUGCAACAACUCUCCGGACCUCUGUAGCCGCAGUUAUAACAACAUCACACAUAUGGGGGCUCACGGAAGCUCUUUUCUACGCGAUGGCAACAACGGACUCGCCGCCGCAGGUAACCAGAACUUCAACGCCACGGAUGCUCUCGACGCUGGUCUUCGUCUGCUUCAGGCCCAGGUACACAAAGAAAACAACACCCUCCGUCUUUGUCACACUUCCUGUGGCAUUCUCGAUGCUGGCCCGCUCGAGGACUGGUUGACUAAAAUCAACGUGUGGAUGAAGGCCAACAAGAAUGAGGUUGUCACUCUCUUGCUUGUCAACUCCGACGAUGCCAAACCUGAUGAAUUUGGACAAGCCAUUAACGGUUCCGGCAUUGCUGAGCUGGCUUACGCACCCGCUACCCAGGAACCGACCAGCGAGUGGCCUACUCUCAAGUCCAUGAUCGAUAACAGCACACGCCUCGUAACUUUCGUCACCAACAUUGAUGCUUCGACCCAGUACCCCUACCUGAUGCCAGAGUUCGACUAUGUCUUUGAGACAGCGUUUGAGGUUCCUUCUCUCACCGGCUUCAACUGCACUGUCGACCGCCCAUCUAAGAUUAAGGAUGGUGCUACAGCCAUGGCCAGUAACUACAUGGGUCUCGUCAACCAUUUCAAGUAUCAGAGUCUUUCAGACAACAGUGACUUGUUCGUCCCUGACACUGAGAACAUCGAUACUGUCAACAGUGAUGGUACCAGUGAGGAUGGUCAGCUGGGCAAGCAUCUUCAGGAAUGUCGACAGGAGUGGGGUGCUGUGCCCAACUUUGUGCUGGUAGACUUCUUCGAGAAGGGUCAGGUUCUCGCAGCGACAGACAAGAUGAACGGCAUCUCUGACACUACUGGGCGUGAGGAGGUCUCGGACGAGUCGAUCGGCAGCACCACUGACAGACAAGUCGGCAUGGUUGCCCUGACUGCCUUCGUCGCUGCCGCAGUGCUGUUGCAUUCAGACACAAUUUCUUUGUCUUCACUCUUCUAUCUCGACAUUAUUUACACAGCUGUGCCCCUCGUCAGCAACAUUAUCAGCAUUUUCAGCAUCAUGAAGUCGUUGAUGAUUGCAACAACACCGUCAAUAUAUUCCCCUUAUUUUUUCCACCUUUACUCUCAAUCAUAUUUCAUACCACCCAAACUGGAACCUGAGAUUUUGACUAUGGAUUACGAAAGUAUUGCUACGCCAGAGUCGUGCUAUGUCGACUUUUGCCUUCUUCCUAUCGGAACUGGAACUGUAUCCGUAGCAGAAGAUAUUGCUGAGGUACAAAAGGUCCUCAAGGCGAGUGGAUUGAAGUAUACUCUUCACUCUGCUGGUACCACCGUGGGUGCGUUAUUUCUGGCAUGCACCAAUAUUAGGCUCUACUUGCUGCAGCAAACUUCACAACUCCAGGUGCAUAAAGCUAACAAGUUACCUUUAGAGGGAUCGUGGAACGAGGUAAUGGCGGCUGUAGGAAAAGCACAUGCUGUUGUGCACCGCCGUGGUGUAGUCAGGAUUCAGUCGUCGAUGAGGGUCGGUAGUCGAACGGAUAAGAAACAGACGGCGGAGGAUAAGGUCAAGAGAGUGGAAAACCUGCUGGCCAAGGACGAGUCUAAGUAAAUAUGUCAUUGGUGAUUAAAUCUGGGAUGGGAGGCAUACAGAUGAGACUAUGAAGCCUAUUUUAUCGGUAUAAUCUCUAUAUAUGCCUUAUCCAGACGCCUUCUCGGGUGGCGGAUCAUAGCCGUGAACAUGUCACUGGACAGAGAAUGGCAAAACAGAC